AGCAGUGUCAGGUGAUAGGCCCACAACAGGCCCACAGUGUCUUACACCGCAUAUUGUUCUCCAUUAAGUGUGAUGAAUGGACAAAUCUCCGACAAGCACUCGCAGUUGCUUUAAUCCACAGCACGGACGCUUAGACUACCACGUGACUGACAUCAGCUGAUCGUCAGGCGGAACCAGAAGGAAACAUGGUGUCUUUGCUGAGCAGGUUGCCUGUCACAGACUGUGUGAAGUUGUGUCACAGGGUGGUGGAUGGACUGUGCGGACGGGAUCCUCCAUGCAGGGCGGACUACAGCUCCACGUGGAGCCUGGAGGAGUGGCUGGAGCUCCUCAACUCCCUGACGGCCUUCUUCCGCCUGGCGGUGGGCAACAACAGCUCUGAUGAAGUGGUGUUGGCAGGGCUGUCGGGUGUGGGCAGCAGCCAUGCAGAGGCUGUGCUGAGUGUGCUCAGAGCCAGACGGGAAGAGAUCCGCCGCGCUCUGCUGGACAGAACCAACUCCAUCUCCUCUGCCACUCUACAGGACUUUGACUGGCAGCUUAAGUUAGCUCUGUCCAGCGAUAAGAUCUCGUCUCUGCACACUCCUCUGCUCAGUCUCAAUCUGGAUGUGAGAGAGAACAUGGCCCUCCGGUCUGUCACCAUGGAGAUGAACAGAGAGGAGUUAAACACGCUCAUCAGUUCACUAGAGGCUGCUAAUAAGGUGGUGCUGCAGUUGAAGUGACAGAAAAGAUCGCCGACUACUGAUCCCAUUUAAACCCACGGCGAGAGGACGCCCGGUGGAUGGACGGCAUGUCUCCAAACAAGAGAUUCUCUGCCAUGAUUCCUUCCACACAAAGAUGUCAUGAUAAUGACAUAAUGAGUAUUUUGUAAUUCAGCCGUGUAUUUGAACUUUCUUUCUGUUUUUAUAAUGCAGAGUUGUAUCAUUGAUAUGUUGAAGUAAAUGUUUCAUUGCUUUUUCACUCUGUUGGAUUGAAUCGUCCGUUAAUUCCUGUAGUUGUAAAACAGAUACGUGUUCAAUGUUAGGCAGCUAAAACAUUUUGUACAAUUUGGUAAUUUUUCACGUUCCAACAGUCAGAUCUGUAUUCCAGUAAAUCAACCCCUCCUCUCAUUUCAUUAGUUUGAUUGAGAUUGACUUGAUCUAAACACAGAGUAGCCUACACAAGGUGAUGCACAGUCACAUCUAUUUGUGUUCACAUUUCUACAGUAUGAGCUAAUUGAUAACUGUGUUUACAGUCUACAAAAGCACAGUGCAUUCACACAUUAUCUCAUAAUUAUGAGUAUUUAUGAACCUGUCCGGUGGUCGUGGUCACUGCUUCACUCAGUAGAACUUCUUCACAGCCAUAGAAAAGCUCAAUUAUCUUAGCUUAACUUAUCUUAUUAUCUUAGUUAGCCUGAUUCAUCCAGAUGACUUGAGAUGUCUGUGCAGUGUUGACAUAUUAAUUCCAUCCGUAUUAAGUAAUGUUGAUACUUCUCUCUGUCUCGUAGCAAGAUGGAAAUAAUAGCACACUACAUUUGAUAGCUCUACCAUCAUCCUCUGUCCUAUUUGUGAGUAAGUGACAACUGAUCUCAUGAUUAUGAGAUACAUUUUCAUAAUUAGAGAGAGAUCACUUCUUCUGAGAAAGUAAAAAAAAUAAAUUCCUUUUUGGAUUUAAAUGAUUGCAGCGCUCUGGUCCCUCAGCACCCACAGUUCUGGAGGUUUGAGACUGUCUGAAGUGAUGCACGAGAUGAUGGAAUUGAUGGAAUAAUCUACCCAUGGAACCUGUAUUUGAAUAUCUGUCACAGAGAUAACAUUGUAUAUACUAUACAAUAAAAAAAUGGCUACUUUUCUGAAUGA